UCUCAGAGUAGAACUGACUACCCACGAGCAGCAACGAUGAACGCUCUGUAUGCGACAUUGUUGUUUGUUUUCCUCGUGGAACUACAAGCUGCCGUCGUUUCAUCGCGCCGUAAUCCGCACAAGUACAACAUUCAUCGGCCGAAGAGGAUCGAAGGAAGCAAGAUGUGGUGCUACAAUCGCAAAUUGGUCGUCCGAAGAGUAAAACAAGAACGCAAACCAUGUUGCGUUAAUGCAACGGACAGCGCUAAAGGCAGAAACGACUGCGAAACGGGUCGCGACACUAAAGGUGUGAGACAAAAGAUGUUUGUGCGAAGCGAGCAUCCUAUCUUUUCCUCUGUAUUGGGAUCACAAUAUCAAAAUUUUUCUUCUCCAGGACAUCCGCACAGACAUUACCCAAACAACAAAGAGUGCGUCUGGUUGUUCAAGGCACUAGGAAAGCGACGGAUACGUCUUACCGUUGAAAUCUCGGAUUUCGACUUUGCGGGACAUUCGACCGACUGUCUCGAUUACCUCAAAAUUCGGUUCGUAUCUAGACGAGGAGACCUCUGUAACGCGACCAACAAGCAAAAGAUUGUUGAAAAGAAGUUUUGUGCAUAUAAUUUCAGCGCACCAUACCGACUAACACGAAUGGCUCACCUUGUUGAAGUGACAUUUGUAUCAGACAGCAGCGAGCAGGCGAGAGGAUUUAAUGCCAUGUUCAAAGGCUUUCGUCCCUUUACGGAACGUAUCAUACCUGCAAGUACAGUUGCACUUGGUGAUAAACUCACUUCAACCAUUGAAGAAAUGGCAGGCAAAGUUAUCUGUUCCUCUCCAAAUUCAUCUCGAACAGGGUCCCUUAUGAUUGAUGCAGUACUGAACAGAAAAAAAUCUAUGAACGCUGGCAAAUCUUUUAUAAUAGUUUCUGAUACUUCUAGUUCGAAUAAGUCGUUUCUUGUCUUUAAAUCAAAUGCCAGUCAGAUCGAGAAGUCGCUGAAAUUUUACGAGAGCAAACAAAAUUGUGGUAUUUAUGACGUCAUCCUAAAGGAAACUUUGAAAAACUCUAAUAAAACGGUAACUUGGCCUGACUUCCUUUGGAGUAACGACGAGAGGCCAAUCGAAACAAAAGAGAUUACAGAAGCGACGGUCCUUGCCGUUGCGACUAGGAAAUCGAGUGAUGAUACGUCACCUUCGACGCAGACAGAAACCGAUUCUUUGGCUACCGUCAACAAGUCACGUUAUCAUCCGCCAUCUUUGACGGAAACAGAAACUACGGACAUGUCAAGUGACAAUAGGACACCUUUCACGAGGCAAUCACAAUAAUUUUGGCUAGUUAUCAGCGGGAUUCGAAUAGUAGUGAACAUUUAGCGUAUUCAUAAAGUGAACUCAAUUAAUUGCAUGCUUGGCGUUGAGGUGAUGAAUGCAUAAAACUAAAGUUUGAUAAAGUGAUGCCCUGGAUACUAGUUAAAGUUGAUAUUGAUAUCAAUACUGGCACUGCAAAGAGAUAAAUGAAA